UCGGACACAAUACAAUCACAUUUUACGAUAAUGAACACGUAUUUUCUGUUGACAUGAAUAAAAAGAUUCUGUGCUUCUGGAAUAUUAUAUACAUUUUAUGUUUUAUUAAUAGUACAACGUCAGUACCACCAUUGUAUUGUCACCAACAAAUCAACACGAGCGAUUGCGGCGGCGCACCGACUCCAGUCUUUUCAUACUACAAGCCCGGCUCCAGAUGUGAAAUAGAAAUCUGGAGAGGAUGUGCCACAUUUAAUAAAUUCGAUGAUGAAUACCAAUGUGUUCACACUUGUAUAUUUUCAUUUUUAAAAUCAUCCGAAGAAUCAUCAUUGGAAUUACUAAUGCACAAUGAAAGCAACUGCGACAAAGACCUUAAUACCACAAAAUGUACGGAUGAAAUUAUUCCCGUUUAUACAUACAAAAGGAAAAAGAAGAAAUGCGUACAAGCAAAUUGGAAAGGUUGUCAUACAGACAAUAAAUUUCCGGACGAAAAGAGUUGCAUAGCCCAAUGUAUACCUAAUGCAAACAAAACUAAUUUCAUAGAAAAACUAAGCCAUUUAGUGCCCAAAGACGCAAAUAAUAUCAAUACAGUACUAAACAAGAUUUUAAAACACGAUAUCGAAGAAUUGACGUUAACAACAGAAUUUUUUCCAGAAGAAACAACUGUUGAUACAAGUUUAACUGAUUUGGCAAAAUCUGAUGACAUAGACGAUUCAUUAAAAGAAAAUAUAACAACAGUUGAAGGCACAACAACGGAUAUAUUCGAUGAAAAUACCACCGAAACGACAACCCUAACAACUACUUUAUCAACAACGGGGUUAAUAACAUCAGUAGAAACGUCAACCACUUUAACAAUACCAACAACAACCACAGCAGCAACUACAACUGAAGCACCAACAACUCAAAUAACUACAGAAACGCCGACUACAACAACUACUUCAGUAGCAACUACAACACCAACUACAACAACAACAACGACUGCAGCGCCAACUACAACAACUACUUCAAUAGCAACUACAACACCAACUACAACGCCAACAACGACUAGAGUGCCAACUACAACAACAACUUCACCACCAACUAUAGCACUAACUUCAUCACCAACUACAACACCAAGUACAACGCCAACAACGACAACUCCGACGACGACCACUAUACCGCCAUCAGGCACUGUCGAGGAAGUUGUUGUGCCUAGUGUUGAUGAUUAUGAUGACGAUUAA